GUGGAUAGAAAUAUUUGUAUACGUAUAAAAAAAUAUUCUUGAUAGAAUAGUAAACUAGAAUAAUGAAAAGUAUAGGGAACAAAGUAAAUGAUUUUUUUGAGGAAAAUUCAAAGUGUAGAAAAAUAAAUGUAAUCACAACUAUCAAUUCCUUCAGACCCCUUUCAUAUGUCCUACAGAAUACUAGAUUAUUUGUGAUGGUGUGUUGGCAUACCAAGUGUAUCGUGAAAGAGAAGUCAAGAAAAUUGAACCAUUUCAUACAAUUCUCAAAACUUUUCAUUGAUGGUUAUAAUACUUCCGAAGAUUGUUAGAUAAAUGUACAUGGUUACAAGUAGGAGUUAAUUUCUUAAAACAAAUUCGUAAUAAAUACUGAUAGCAGUUUAUUGCUAUCAUUUUUUCCCUGGGAAGGCAAUGAAUCAACAUACACUAUACAAUCCAAUUGAACCAGUUUUCAACAUUUCAAAUCCUAAUUCACAGUUUCAGUUUGAUUAUGACUUUACAAAUUUUUUAACAUUUUUACAGAACAACCAAAAAUUGGAUUAUUUUUCAUCAACAAAUAUGCAUUCCUCUUCUUGUCGAAAUAAACUCAUGCCAAAUUAUAAAGAGUUAUUUCCGUACACCAUCGAAAACGACACUACUUCUAUGGAUAAUUCAGUUGACGUGACAGUAAGACAAAAACCUCAAAUCACUGAGAGAUCCUUGACAAAUUCGGUACCAAACUCAAAUAAUUACACAAGAGAUGAUGCAAAAUUUAGUUAUUUCUUAAAUCAAUAUGAUCACGCGUUAUAUUAUCACUUGAAGAAUAAUAAUGUACAACCAAAUCAUUUUGACAUAUUAAGAUCAUUUUCAUCACCAUUAUCAUCAUCUUCGACAUCUGUCACAACAACACAACCACCAAUAACAUCAUCAUCAUUAUUACUGUUAUGGCUGAGCCGUCUAAAUGAAUUAAUUUAUGAAAAUUCACAGGAGGUGACAGAGACUAAUUGCAUUUAUAAAACAUUGACAAAUUUGUUAUCUGAAACAUCAACAUCACAAUUCAGUAAUGAUAGUCACAAAGCUGUCACAAAUAACUUAAACAACUAUCUUGAUUCGGCAAACAUUCAAAAUCAGACAAAGCGUGUUUCAUAUUUAUACAAUAAGAUAUACAGUGAUCAAGAUCAAACUAGAAAUGGUUCACUGAUUCCAGGAAUAACACUUACAAACCAAAGUAAAAUUCAUGGUCCUCCAAAUGUAACAUUUUCUAAAUUAUGGGAUGAUAAUAAGUCUUCAAGUUGUGAUAUUCAGGUGAAUGAUGUAUACAGUAAAAAUUGUAAGACAAAUAGAGACAGGCAUCAAGGGGAAUUGAAUUAUCUACCGUCGUCAUUAAUACCUUCAACUGUUUUUCCUUAUUUCAAUUUUUUAAUGGAUAGUAGAAUGAUGAGAGAAAAUUCCAAGGAAUUAAAUUGUAACCCUGAUAAAAAAUUCUCAGUUCAACUUGACAAAAUGUGUACAGUUGAUCGUAUACUGCAUAAUGCAGCCAGUAAGUGGGAUAACUUAUUGAAUAACAAAAGUAUUACACAUUUAUCUGAUUCACCAAUACCAUUCAAUGCAGAUAAACCGAUAAAUCUUAUCAACUCAGGAAAUACUGACCAAUGGAAACUAAAUAAUGAAUGCCAUUUAAACAAAUGUGUGCGUCUUAUUAAUGGAGAGAUUAAAGUGAGAGAAGAUUUGUCAGUUUCUGACUUUAUAUCUAGCGCCAUAAAAUAUGAUAAUUUUAACAAAUCUACAUAUGAUAAUGGUUCAUUAAUUGAAGCUUUAGCAAGUACAAAUAAUUUAGAAAUGUGUUGGGUAAAAUUAAUUCAAAUUAAAAACGAUUCAAAUAAUAACACUGUUAAUUUAUCAAGUGAAUUAACAUUUAUCCAAUCUUCAAAGCGUCAUCAUUUAUUAGUUGGUAAAAACGAAAAAAAUUGUAGUAAACAAGCCUCACGUAUGUUAUGGCCUCAUUUCAAUGCUAAAAGUUUUAAUGUGGACAAAAAACUAGUACUGAAUGUUACUAAUGAUUAUCCAUUUUUUGUAUAUGGACAUGGAUGGUCAUCUAUUGAGCCAAAUUUAACAUUAAAUCAACAAGAUCUAUCAUGUAGACAAUUGAAAACAGAUGAUAUUUGUUUAGUACUGACCUACUGUGUUCUUUCUGCUGGUAGGAAGAGUCGUAUUUCUACUACUAACUCAUGUACCUAUAAAAUGGCCUUGUCAAAUGAAAAUUAUUCUGUAAAUUAUAAAUCACACUCAACUCCAAAAUCAGUCCCACUUUUAAAUUACGAUGCCAAGAAUAACUGUUCACCGUUAACUGGAUCAGAAAGAAAUUUCAACAACGAACUUAAUCCUGAAUUUAUUGAUUAUCAAAAAAUUCCAAUCAAUUUAAAAAUGGAUCCACAUAACAAUUUAUCUUCAUAUUGUAUAGAAAAGAAUACUAAACUAAAACAAUAUGAUUCUAAUAUACCAGUAAUGAAAAAACCAAAAUUAGAAUUAUCUCAUAAGAAAACAAUUAAAUCAAAUACAAUUAUAUCACAUCCAUUUUCUGCUUAUAAUUUAGCUAAAUCACCAGAAAAUUUAUAGAAUGGAAGAUAGCACAAAUUGGAAACUAAUAUUUAAAACAAAACAAUUCAUAGUCAAUGUUGAAAUUCAUGCAUUGAUCAUAUUAUUGUACAGUUAUAUAACAUUUAAGAAAAAAAACAAUGCAGGAAAGAAAACUAAUUUAUGAUUAUUUAAAAUAUAAUUUGUUUGUUUUUUCUCCUGA